UCAGGAUCUUUCUCAGUUGCUAUCUGUCUCUCUUUGGGGCGUAGGGUGGCCUGUUGUCUGUCCUUUGAUCCUCUUGGAUUUCUGUGGGGUGAACCUUUCAUGAUUUUCUUCCGAAUAGCCCAGUGUAGCUGUUAUUGGAGGAGUGUGUCUCACCCUAGUGUGUCAUCUACCGGUAGGAUAGUUAAAGCUAAUGAUAAACUGUCCUACCCGAACCUUGAGUUUCAACCUUUCUACCUGAAGACUGUUAAUCUUGGUCUCUCGUCUUUAACAAGGUAGGAAGUCAGACUUUUAGAAUUUGGUAAGGGUAGGCAUGGCAGAAAAACUGGGACUUGUGGCUGCUACAGAUGAGCCCAAUGCCUUGAAUAUUCUCUCUCUCCUGGAACGUGUGGCUGGGAUCAUUGACAAUGUGCAGGCAUGUCAGCAGCGCAUGGAAGAGAGACAGCUGGAGUUGGAGAACAAUGUGAAGACCAUCAAGGAAGAUGUAGUAAAGUUGACCAAGGAGCACACCACUACCAGUGGUACUGUGGAAAAACUACUGGAGAAAACACAAAAAGUUAGCUGCCACAUUAAGGAUGUUCGGGUCCGUGUAGAAAAGCAAAAUAUACGUGUCAAGAAGGUAGAGGAAACACAGGCUGAGCUGCUAAAAAAAAACAAGUUCCGUGUGGUAAUAUACCAGGGUGAUACUGAGGUCCCAGCUGUAGCAGACCCAAAGGACUCCCCAAAAGGAGCAGCUGGUGGGGAGUCAUCUGUGAACCCAGCUGUACCUGAGACCUUAAUUCCUGACUCAGAUGAGGAAUACAUGGUUGUUGAAGAGGCUGACUCCACAGCAGCCAAGUUGAAGAAGACUGGCCUGAAGCGCAUUGAGAGUCUGAAGAAUACCUUUUCACGUGAGAACAUGACUAAGACCAAGGAGAAUCUGGGAACCAAGGUUAAUAAGCUGGGUGAGCGCAUUGUGACAACUGAGCGUCGUGAGAAGAUUCGCCUGUCAGGUGAACGCCUGAAACAAUCUGGAGAGCGCCUCAAGGAAACCAUAACCAAGAAUGUCCCAGCAAAGCUGAACCUGAAGAAAGAGAGAACUGUAGCUGAGGGUCAGGAAGGGGCCGAGGGUACCACAGAAGGUGUAGUGCCUAUUCCACCACCCAAGGGGCGUAAAACCAGUCCAGAUGUAGCUUACACAGAGCCCACACCAAAGAAGGAAGGAGCAGAAGAGGGCAAAGCAAAUGACACAGAAGUGCCAAUGUGUGACAGGAAGGAGCUUUCAUAAGUGGCAAGUCAGUAGACUCAAAGGAAUAUUUGCAGGUUUAGGUCAUUUGGAAAUUUACAGUUCCUGAUGAGAAGGCUGAUGAUAGACUUAUAGCACCUGGUGGGAAAUGCUCGGGCCAGUCACAGUUCUAGCAGCCCUUGUGCCAUAAUAUUAUGGUAACCUGAAGGAAUGAAUAAGAGAAGUCAUUUGGAAUAAACAUAGGAUUUAGCUAUUUUUACACUUAGAUGGACUUAGACAAGUUACUUGGUUUAAUAAGGGAUAUUUAAUGAUUAAGCUGAAAAAAGUCAGAGGAAAUGAGCACACUGGGGGUGUUGGAUUACUCUUAACCUACUCUAGUGUUAAAAUAUUCUAGAUUGUGCAUGCAACAUUAUGUAUGUGUUAUUUCCUGUGCUCCUUCAUUGUACUUAUCUUUUACUAACCUUGAUAAUAUUGCCUAGCCUUGAAAUAAACAAAGUCAGCUCAACAGGUGGUUUGUAAGAUGUCUUCUAAAAAUGACAACUGUACAGUUAGGUGUAAU